AUGAGAAAUUGUAUUAAACGGUUUUUCAUGAAUGAGUCUGAAUUUCGAAUAUUUUUUCUUGAUAUGGAAUGUAGAUUUAUAUGUACUGCUACUUUUGCUCAAAUUUCAAAUUUAAUCAAAUCAAAACAUUUAGAAAAUAUUGUGCAAAAUAAAAUGCCUCAAAGGUUUUCUAUGCUCACUUUUAUGGAUAAUGCAAAUUUUUUGCUUUCUAGAAAAUAUUCAUCUGAACUUACAAAUCGAAAAUAUCAUCAAUUAGCUGAUAAUACUAUAGAGAAAAUCUUAUAUGCAUUAGAACGAAUGCAGGACGAGUAUCCAGAGAAAACAAUGGAUAUCGAAUAUUCUCAAGGUGUCCUUACACUUGAUCUUGGACAUUAUGGAACUUAUGUUUUGAAUAAACAGUCUCCUAAUAAGCAGAUAUGGGUUUCUUCUCCAAUAUCUGGCCCAAAAAGAUACGAUUGGAUACCUUCAGAAGGUGAAAAAGAUGGGAAAUGGAUAUAUUUACGAGAUAAUGGUGUUCUUGAAGAUUCACUUAAAAGUGAAUUAAAGGAAAUUAUUGGAGAUUUGAAGCUGUAA